CGCUUAUUUAAAUGGCAACUUGACUCUAGAAUAGCCACAGUAUUCCGGUGAACUUGGCGUUGUUUGUAUCUGUUGCCGUUGCAGUACUAAAACCAGUUAUCGAAACAAAUUUGCAAUCGAAAAUACGAUAUCAAAAAAUCUCCAGAAAAUGGCAAAUUUCGUGUGCUUUGUUAUCCUCUCCCUGGCGCUGUUCGCCAGCGUAGCCGUAGCGCGUCCUGGAUAUGCUGUGGAUUACUAUGACCAUCCCAAAUAUUCCUUUAACUAUGGCGUUGCUGAUCACAGCACAGGCGAUGUCAAGUCACAGCAUGAGACGCGUGAUGGCGAUGUUGUCAAGGGCCAAUACUCUCUGGUUGAGCCCGAUGGCUCCAUUCGCACCGUGGACUACACAGCUGAUUCAAUUCAUGGCUUCAACGCUGUUGUCACCAAAUCUGGACCCACUGUGCACGCCCAAGCGCUAGUCACCAAGCCCAUUGUGGCGCACAAGCCAAUUCUGAGCCACUACCAACCACAUGUGGCUCCAGUGGCUGCGCCGGUGAUCGUCGCCGCCUCGCCAGCGCCCUAUGUCACCAAGCAAUACGCGCCCGCUGCUGCGCCCAUCCACUACGACUACGACGACGGCAGCUACUACAACCAGCCCCAAUACGAAUAUGUGCCACAGUACGACGCAGGACACUACGGACACUACACUAGUCCCUAUGCGGCACACUAUUAGGUAUCAUCAUAGCUAGAACGCGAAACACUUGCUAUUUAGUGGCCUAAACAAAUUUAGUUUAUAUAUUUUGGAUGAAAGCUGAAAACUGAAAAAAAGACCUUCGAUAAUAAUGAUGUGGAUGUUAAAUUAAGUUGUGAAUUCUGUUUUGUACAAUAAACAUUUCAACAAUACAUAAGUGAAGUUAUUAAAGGAAAUUUUAAUAUU